UGUGAUACUGACUUGCAUAACACACAAACACACACUCACACACACAGAUGACACACGCACAGUAACAGAUGGCAGAACCUAACCUGGCAAGCAGUGCUACAUCAGCGCAACAGAAGGGACAAGAUGCUGAGAAAGUGCAAGAACAGUUUUGUACAACCAUGGAGUGUUACAGUGAUCGGUGGCAGACAGGGACCAUGGCGGCGCUCACGUUUACUACACACUGCCUGUUGAUGAGACUCUUGUGACUGUGGGUGCAAGCAAGGUCGUGUAAAAACUUUAGGGUUAGUUGUCUGACGAGAGAAAUGCGUUUGUACCGUCAGCUGAGUCUGACUUACCCCCAAACACUGGCCUCAAAUCAGAGCACAUCUCUGCUUUAUUCAUCUGUACACAUCCUCCCUUCAGGAUUUGACUGAAUUUAUCUCUUUUGCACUUUGCAUCCAAUUCACUGAUGACUGUUUUAGUUUGGCUGCUGCAGGCUGCUUUGACUCAAACAAGCACAUCAGACUGAAAAAAGGGCAAUUCGAGGGUAAACCAUUAUAUAAUCUGACUUUUAGUUGUGUGAGAUAGUUCUUGUAUUGUGAAAGUAACUGUAAAAACUGUACAGUUAUCUUCAGGUAAACACAAAGAGCUGUUGGUUUUCUGGUCCAAAGAUUUAUUUUUACAUAUAACAGAAAGCAGUUGAAAGUUAAAGCAGCGUCGUUGAGUAGUUAUUAAAUUCAGCAGUUAAUAAACUCACUUUUUUUUUUUUUUGCUUCAGUAUGAGCAGAGGCAGCAUUUUCACAGAGUGGAGCCUAGCAUUGAGUCAGAGGCAUCAUCAUGAUGUUACCUAGCAACAAGGUAUUGUAUGUCUAUUAGGCAAAUCCCAGUUUAUUUCAGCAGCAUCUAUUUCUGUGGUCGUUUUAACUUGGGAUUUCACUGAUUUUGAUGCUCUGUGUUUACUCCGUUUUGAAUCCUUUUAAAGUCUCCUGCCUAUUCAAAUGCUGUCAUUACAGUUUUUUCUGCAGAACACUGGGAUUGUUUGCUUACUAUAUGAAUAGAAAACCACACUGUGAAGUAUGGCAGACAUCAACAGGACAAGUAAAUAGCCACGUAAUAGCAUCUGUGGUAACGUAAACUACAAGCCUUCUUGAGCAUCUGUAAUAACACUGUCCUCUGCUGGUGAAUCAUGGAACAGCUAUUUUUUUUCUAUCUGUGUAUUUUAUGCAUGUGAGGACUAUCAUAGAGAAAUGCUGCAGUCUAGGGGUUUGAAGAGGUUGGUUUGGUUACAUAACAGGCAGCCGAACCUUGCACUAGUUGAAAUAAGGCAAAGUCAGGCCUCUGUGACUCAGGGUUGAUGUUAUAUAAGCCGAGAACACUAAGUACAAGGGAGACACUGCUCUGAGUACUUGGUGUAAAUUAUCUCUAAUAAUGGAGCUAAUAUCACUGUUUGAGGGAAUUGCAGGUUGUGGUCUCAUCUUAAUAUCAAACACCUCUCAGUGGACUGUGACGAGGCAAAGACUCGAAUCAAUAAUAGACAGGAUGUUUGUUUUCUGAAAGUUAAAAGUCAUCAUGGUUGGGAUUAAGUGGAACUCUGGAAAAUUGCACACAUCCAUAAGGACAACAUCUCUAUUCAAAAACAAUAGUUAUUUUCCACCAUGAACAAUCAUUCAUGAAGUCACUGAGAAGCAGUUUCACAAAAACAUUUCACUGUUUCCCAAAAUGCUUCUUCUCUUGUGAUUGGGAUGUGAUUGUAGUAUCAUUUUUGACCAACAGAGGGAGCCAUAGUCAUGAAAAACAAUGAGGGCAGGUUAAUUUUGAUCCAGAGAGUCAGUUGGGUGGACUUGAUGUCUCUUUAGUUACAUGUUGACAAGAGGAUUAGGGUUAGGUUGUUCCAACAUGAAUAACUUUUUGCACCUUUCCUUUAAACUGCAGUUUGGCUUUGUUUGUUCCUGCUCAGUUAUAACUUUUGAAACAUAUGACACAUGAGCAAAAUUACACUAAUACGGGAACUGAGAACUGCUAGAUUCACCUAUCUUACUCGUUUAUAAAAGCUAUAAGACUUCAGAUCCUCUGUGGAAAUAACCCCUUAUCUCCUGUGCGGCCCCCCAACAGCCCCCGGCUCUAAAGCUAUAUGGACAGGAGAUCAGCAAGGCUGUGACCCACUUCUUUUGACUUUAUCAGCUCAUGAGGCUUUGUUUGUGAUCAUUCAUCACUAAUGCCCAUCCUCCAGCAUUAAACGCACCUCAUCUCCUACUGUCCAUCCCCCACUCAUGAACACAAACACACACUGCUGUUUCUGACAAGGCUUUACUGUGUCAGUAAACCUCUACAUGAACCUAAUCUGAACUCAUGAUUAUCAUUUUCGUUCAGUUCCCCUCUGAGAAAAAUAUGAUAAGUGUGAUAAUAUCAGCAACAUUUGAACCCAAAGGAGUCAUGAGUCAUUUGAUGUUAUACUUUCUAAUGAGCAGUUUUGAUUAGUCAUAUAAGAAAUCUUCCAAAUUUAAGCAUUUAAAAUUGAGCUUCUUAUUUCUGUCCCUUUAUUUUCUAUGGGAUGGUUCAUUCUCAUAUUGCAGUUCAGUUAAGAUCAAUCCAUCUCUUUGUUAAAUCUCUCCUCUUAAGAGUGCAUGCUGCCAGCAUGGUGGAGAUAAAGCUUGGUAUAAAAUGAUAACAAUUAAAUAAAAUUUAGGGAUUAACAGGCAAAAGACAAUACAUAGGCUUACAGUGUAGAGUCAUGUCACUUAAACAGAAAAUGAUUAAGAGUCCAAGCCUGUUUCCUGACUCAGCUGAGAAUAGGGGAGACUGGGGACAGUUGUGGCACACCCAAUAUCUCCAACAAGAAACAAAUGACCUUCGCUCUGCACAUGCUCAGUCGGGUCCUCACUCUGUCUGCUUAAGAAGUGUUUCUAAAAUGUGAUUUUUUUUUUAAUUGGCCAGUAUUUUUUUCUUUUGCUUUCUCAAGUUGAGGUGAGAAAGUUUCAUGUUGGUAGUAACUAGUGUAUCUGCAUAUAUUUCAGGAUGUUGUUCAUCCCUGCAAACCAACAGAAUGAGUGUAAACAUAACUGUCUUGAUAAUAUAGCACGCCAAAAAAAUAGUGGUCUCCUAUGGUCAACUUACCCCAGCCCUCCCUCAUCUUCUCUCUCCCUAAAUAACAGUCACUUCUUCACAUUCAUGAGUAUUUUUAUCUAUUAUAUACUAUUCAACUGGUACAAUAAUUCUUUUUAUUAUUAUUGCAUAUAACUGCUAAAAAGCUGUUUUGUAAAAAGCCAUUUUAACAUGAGAAUGUCUUUAAGUGAUUCAGAACAUUCACAGCUGAAGAAAGAAAGUCAGCCAUUUCAACAAUCUGAACUGAAACUCUCAUCCUCUCAUCAGACUCCUUUACUCUCUCGGUUACCCCUGAACUACUAUGAUGACUUUAUUAGUCCUCUAAGAUAAAAUGGUGGACUUUUAUGCCUCAUAGAUACCACAAUUGAUGUAUAAAGCAAAUUUAAAAUGAUCUUUUUUGGUCUGAACACAAUUCUAAUCAAACUUAUGACAGACUAAAUUCACUUUUAAGAGUGAAAAUGUUUUUUUUUUUUUUUUUUUUUGUAAAUAAAUGUCUAACCUCUUCACUCUUGUGCUUCUAACCUUCACAGACUCCAUGGAUUGAUGCCCAUCUCCUAAAUAUUUGGUCACAUGAUCAAUUUCUGAGGGUGGGUCAACUUACCCCACUCUCCCCUAUAUACACAGACACAUCCACACAGUCAGAAUGUAGGUGAUUUGUGACGGUUACCAAAAUAUGGCGCCAUCAUUUUCAGCCAAUGAUCUGCUCGUUUGUAACUGGUCUCAGCUGGCGUCACUACCGCGGCGUGAACGCGCAAUCUGGACGGGAAAAGAGGUUGGAAGCUGACGGGAUCGCGCUUGUCUGUUUGGCUGGAUAUUGCCUCCGGUGUAACAGGCCGACCAUUAUGGGGGACCCAGAACUCAAAGACGGGUUGGAUCCUGGCCCACCGACCGCUGCUCUCAUAUCAUCGAGGAGGUUCAUUUCGGGAUAAAAUCAGAUUUUUCUCACAUCAUAAACAGCCUGACAGUGAGCUGCAGAGACACAGAGAGAGAGAGAGAGGGAAAGAGAGAGAGAGAUAGAGAGAGGACGGUCGUUGGGAUUCAAUCUGAACGAGAGAGGUUUGAGAGAAAACACGAGAAAACUGGGAGACUGUUUACAAUCUAACUGGAUCCACCUCAGAAGGGCGAGGAUGAUGGAUGGAUUGUCGAUUGUAAGCCGGUCCGGUCAGCCCAACCCUGUCAAAUCAGGGUGGGUUCAUCCGGAAUAAAAUCACUUUGGUUCUCAUCUGUUGGCUUGGACGACAAUGUCCGCCUUCUGCUUAGACCUGCAGACGUCUGCCGGGGUUUCAGCACCACUGGAGCUGGACAGCGACUGCAUGGAGCCACGGGCGAGCCCCGCCGCGCACGAACCGGGCGGCUAUCAGGGACAACCGCUGCGGCACACCGGCUCCGGAGGCCUCGGCAUGGCCUUGGAGGAGGAACUGGCCAUGCUUUCCGGCGAGAGGGAAGACCGGGGGGAGCCGUCGGACAUGGAGACGCCUUCGUUGGGGCAUAACGCAGACUUGCUGUCGCUCUUCCGUCAGAAGGAGAAAGACUUGGUUUUAGCUGCUAAACUCGGCAAAGCGCUGCUGGAGAGAAACCAAGACUUGACCAAGCAAUAUGAGAAAAUGCACAAAGAUCUCAACGAGAAAUUAGAGGUAAAGUUUUCUGCUGCCUCUUAACUAAUUGGUUUAAUCUGAAAAUGCUGUUAUGUCAUGGGCCUGGCUGUUGUAAACAAAGUGGAGAAGGUCCUAAAGUCUCAUGAAGGUCUGAACUCCACCACCAAACUACAACCAAGUAAAAACUGUUCUGUCUGAUCAUCAAUUCAGGAGCAUUUCAUCCAAACUCAUCUGCUUUAACUUCUUAAUGCCUGAACCACAAAUUAUGGCCAGAAAAUUCACAAUUUUCCGGAGCUGAAAUGUUUAUUUCACUCACUACUGAAAACCAGAAUAAAACAAAAUGUCCUUAAAGUUUAACAAAUAUAUUGAUUUAUCUUGUUCGAUUCAUUAGAUGUUUUUGGAUUCAGAUUCAGAUUCCUUUAUUAACCAUUGUGUAAUACACAUAGGAAUUUGCUUUUACAUGAGUGAUUCAGGUCUUUUUCCCCAAAUAACAUAAAUACCAACAACUAAAAACAACUCGGUGCAAGAAAAUAGAUAAACUGAUAAACUACAAGAAGACAUUUUUAUCCUGUAUCGGACUGUAUUUAGGUUUUUUUUAGUGAUUGGUUGAUCAUAUUGAUUUGAUAGAAGUAUAUAAAAGUGGUUAAAAACUGUCUGAUGGAUCAAACUUAAGAGUACUCAAUGUCUCUAACAUCACAAUGGCUUAAUGCUUUACUAUGAAACGUGUUGAAUUAAUGGUUAAGGUGAUUAAAAACUGUCUGAUAGGUUAAAUUUAAGACUGCUGAUUGUCUCUAACAUCAAAAAGGCUUACUGCUUUACUACGAAACGUGUUGCACAGGCUUCAUUUUGACAAUAGACGGUGUGUAGCCAAGUUUUUGUUCCUGCUCGUUUCAAAAUCCUCCUAGCAAACAAACACGUGGCCUCCAAAAGACACAAAGACUAAUCCUCUAGCUGCUCAGGCCUUACUGUAUCUAACGUACAUCUGUUCAGCCCUAGACUGGAGUAAAGAGGAAAGACGCAUUUGAUAUUCAACUCGAAACAGUUGUUUUGUCGGACCCCGUUUGAUUUUUAGGGAUGCUUUUGUGGUUCUCUUUAGUCUCUUUUCGUUCAGGUAAUUACUCAGAGAUGAAAAUAGUCACCAAACAGAUAACAGAUGCUUUAUCCUGGGACUUAAUCAAAACAACAACAACAACAACAACCCCCAUCAGAACUCUGGCAGCCUCUGGUGGUGCAGUGCAUCCGUCCACGGUUUAGAGCCACCCAGAGAGUAGAAAGAAGAUUCCCUGAAAGCUGAAAUGUCACCACAAACAAGACUGGAUAAGGUUGAAAUCAUUACAGAUGAUGAUGAAACGUUAAUGCCAAAUAUAGAGUAACAGGGUAGAGUAAAUCUUUUCUCAAUCUGAAGACUGGAGGUUUGAUCCCAGCUCCUGCCACCACUGAACCCCCAAACUGGCCCUUGUGGUGCUGUUGUGUGAAUGGGAUUAGUUAACACUCAUUACAAGUUAAUGGAUGAUGUUCUGACCAUGUUACUCUUUGUCCCUUUUCCACAUGCAGCACUUGGAGCAAGAGAAGCAUGAGUUGCGUCGGCGUCUGGAGAGUCGAGAAGGGGAGUGGGAGGGUCGUGUAGCAGAGCUGGAGACAGAUGUCCAGCAGCUGCAGGGUGAGCUGGAGCGGCACCAGGUCCAGCUGAGAGACGCUGACAGAGACAAGACCAAGGCCAUCAGUGAGCUCUCUGAACAGAAUCAUAGACUGCUGGAGCAACUCAGUAGGGUGAGGCCGUGUUUUUGUUUAUGUGAAUGUAUUAAUGUGUUCCAGGUGAACCGCCACAGGCAGCUCCGACAGUCUGCAUGGAAGAUUUAAUUACUCUAGGCUCUGAGAUACUGCGCUUCGUGAUUUCACUGCUGCUUUAAAUGCCUGUAUAUACUGUGUGUGUGUGCACAUGUAUGUGUGAGAGCCAGCCUCGGGGCUACUCAGUCUAGUUCAAGUUAGCUGGAGUGAAAAAAUGUAAAGAUGUUCAGCCCAUUGAGGACUCAUAAUCCCUACAGAGACUUUUCUCCAUUCAGCCUGUUUGUACGUGAACAUAAUUUAUACAAACCCAUUAAGAUGUAAGUAAAAGCUAUUAGGGUCUAUAACUGAAUAAUUCAGAGUGAUCUGAUGGUACACUUAUGGAAUAAGUACUCUGCAUAUUGAUAGGUAUAUUGAGAGUAGUUAUUAUGACAGACAGAGCUAAAGCAUCUCAUAAAAUAGACAGUUUCUCUGUGGAAAGGUAAAUACAAACAUAAAUAAAUACAUACGUACACAUUGCAGAUAAAAACGUGGGACUAUUUUUAAGACGGCAAGAGUAUAAAGGGAAGCUUUAGUAAGGGUUGGACUUUUGGAGAUCUUUAAGAGAAGAAACUAACCAUCGCUUUUUAACUUUACUUUAUCCAGAAAUAAUACACAAUGUCUGUCACUCACCAAUAAGAAAGAAGUACCGACAAUAAGUAGACACUGUCACCUAGGUGUAAACUGUAAGUUUAAUUUGGCUGAAAACAUACUGUAUAUAGAAUGGACAGAGUCUGCCUCCUCGCUGGGUGGAGCCACUCCGAGAACAGCACCCUCUGGUGACGGGCUGCAGUAUAGGUCAUAAAUCCAGCCUCCACCAGCAAAGCUUAUGGAGCUGUGGACAAACUUUAGAAAUUUAUUACACAGAACAUAAUUUUUUCUCCCCCCUGCUUGCAAUGUUGACAUGUAGUUACUGUAAGACUGGUUUGUGCUCAAGUCCUCUUUUUUCUGUGCAGCUCUGUUUUUAAAAGUUAUUAGGGGGUUCAUGUUUUCUAUGAUUGACACGUGAUACAGCCUAUGGGCGUAAGAAGAUUGCGGGAUACGCUGUUUGAGCCGAGCGUCAUCACAGCGACUCUCUGUGACUGUGCCGAAUGCGUACAACGCUACUGCGCAAUGCUGAAACGAAGAAAAAUCACGGAAAUACCGAGAACUUUUUGGCUUCAAAUCCGUAUACAGGCGGAAGACAGAACCAAGUUGUCCAUAGUAUAUACAGUCUAUGGCUGAGACACAAUAUACAGUCCCAUAAACAGGCUUUAAUGAGUACACUGUAGAUUAGUUUACAUUCUUUAACUGCCAUAUUUUACAGUAAAUUACUGUAUUAUCAAUUUACAAGCUGUAACUGUAAUGUUCACAGUAUAAUAUUGUAAAUUAGAAUUUUACUGUGAAAUCAAUACAGGCUCAGUAAACUACUGUAAAACUCACAACACGGUUACUUUGCAGUCAAAUACUGAAUCCAGACCACCCCCUGUAAUAACACAACAAAUUAGAAGAACUGUGUUGCAUUGUGGGACAGGAAUUUCAGCUCCCAAACAGCUCUUGAUAGUACCAGAAACCCUGGCUCAUAUUGUACAAGUCACCUCACUAAAGAAUGAUAUAAUAUAAAAGAAUGAUAUGAGCCCUCAAGGAAAACCAGGAGGGUCUCAUUCUGCUCGACUGGCAGUGAAAUUAGGACAGUGAGUCCACACAGAGUGACCAUUAAUGUCAUCUGUUAAAGGAUGUGUAAAGACGGUCUUAUGUCUGUCUUUUGGGCGGUUUGAGACUUUGGUUUGGGUUGUUCCAAAUGGAUUUCUAUAUAUACUAUAAUAUGUCCACUUCCUGUAAUAGUAGCAGUAACAUUGAUAUGCUUUGUUAGUUUAAACUUACACUUAUAAAGCUGAAAAUCUCUCCAACUCUACAGCCACACUGGUAUGUCAAAACUAAUAUGUUGACAAUGAUGAGAUACUUUCCGAGGGCCGUACCAUGUUGUGCCACAGCUCUCGUCAGAAACAGUGAAACCCCCAGUGAGAGUCCUGUCACAGUUUUAGGUCCAGAAACAGAAACACCAGAUGAUGUUCGCUGCCACAUACACUGGCUGUCGCUGCUAAAGCUCCAUUUCUGGAUGUAUUGCCCGAGAGCUUUGUGCGCAGAAGUUGACAAGCUUGCUCAGCCCAGCAGUUCUGUUCGUAGCAACCUGUAAUUUGUGUGUUGUCGCUUUCCCUGCAGGACGAUAUUAUCUGCUGCUCGGGGACACAGAUCGUUAAAAAAGCUCACUACUUAGCAGAGGAGCUCUCAGUUUCAUCAGAUUCCACCCACCUCUCGCCUCAAUCGUACCCCAAUCUUGCCCCAGCACCACCAUCAUCACACUGCAAUCAGGAACUGCUCUAAUCUGAAUUGGUCAGUUGAAUGGACUGAAGCAGGAGUUUGCACUUAGCAUAAUUAAACUGCAUUUUAACUGAUUAAAACGAGGGUGUGGGAAAUCUAUAAAGAUAUUCACUCAAAGUGGUCUAUAUUGUGUUACGGUGGCGAAUCUAGUGGCUUAUGAGACUCUGUAAUUUAUGAGAGCUAUUCAUUACAUUGAUCCAGACAUCAUGGUUCGAGGACAGACAAAGGGAGACCUGGUGGGUAAUGGAAUAAAAGUGGUCAGCCACUGAGCUUUCUCUCUUUCUCCCUCUCCCUGUCCUUUCCUCUCUCUGAGUUCCUUACAAAGCAAUGUGCCGUGACUAAGUAAUAUUAAUUGUUUACAGCACUGGGUGAAUACCGGGGAUCUAUAACUUCCCCAAGGAAACCCUGCAGUAGUAAGAUCACUGAAGGCCUGCUAUUUUCGUCUGCUGUCCCUAUUUCGUGUAAUAGUUAACUCUUUAACAGUGACAGCCUGAUUAUGAUCCACAUCCCUGUAUCUCCUCACAGUCCUGUGUAUCUCCCAAUGAAUUCACCCAUCAGUUAUUCAGCUGAUUAAUUAGGCUGAAUGUUAGAAUUUUAAAAUGAUCAUAAAGAUGUAAGAUCAGAUCGAGCGUUUUUAAAGUAACAGUGGAGAGGGAAAACUUCCUUUAACAGGCAGAAACCUCGAGCAGAACCAGACUCAUGUGAGUCAGCCAUCCGCUGAGACUGCAUCAGGUUUAGAGAGAGAGAGAGAUGGACAGAGGAGAGACUGAUGCAUGCAGAUGAAGAAGCUGGAAAGCAGGCAGGUCUGCAGCAGAAAAACGUCCGCAGCAUCAGAGGAACUUACAGCAUGAUGGAGCUCAGGGACUCCCAGAAAAGACUGUUGAUGAGAGACAUAAUGAUUCAAAGUUAAUUCAAGUUCAGCUGUUUUGUUUCUCAUUUGAAAUUGUUGCUGAAUUUCUGUAUUUGAUCAAUGAGAAAAAACACCAGCAGUAGUGUGAUAUUGGCAUUUAAUACAGUUUAGCUUGUGGCUGCAAAUGCUUCAUUACUGCUAAAGGUGAAAAAUUAUAAUUAAACUUUGGUAACAGUUUACUUGACACCUAUGUCUAUAACGCAUUAUAAAUAUAUGUAUAAUGCGUUAUAAUUACGUUAUAUCAUUAUGAUCAAUUAUGAGUGUUUAUAACUAUAGUUAAAGAGUGCUAUAACAUGAUUAUAACGCAUUAUACAUAUAUUUAUGGUGGAUUAUAGAGAUAGGCAAGUGUUACCAAAACUUUUACUACUUUAUUUUUAUAUGAAAAUAUAAAAUAAUUUGGAACAUAAAAAAUAGCUUGUAUAUUUGGCUAUUGAUCGAUGAUUUUUGUAUUCAUCAAUAAUUAAUUAUUAGUAUCAUAACAAUUUUAUUUGUUCAAAAUUAUAAAAUCUUUUUGUUUUUUUAAUCAGUGGAUGACUAAUUUCUCAUCCCUUAUGCAUGAGAAUGAUGACUAAUUUAAAUCUCUGAGCCGCCCUUCGGCUGAAGUGAGAUGACCUUGAGAGGGCAGGGCACUGCACAGGAAGUGAUGUCAACCAUGGAGUAAAAUACCGUGCUAAGGGGAUUAGGCUAUAAUCUGCGCUAAUAGCCUGGCCAUAUGCAUUCAGUCACAACCACUACGACUCCAGUUUACACUUGAUUUAAUUAAUAACAGUGGGUUACUGAGUUAUCCUGCAAAGAAGAUCUUAAAAUUAGUCUCAGACUCUGUCAUCACGUAAGAAAAAUACCCCUGUGGUUACUUCUUCAGGUGCUUGCGUGUGCUUAUGUAAGUGGUUUUCCAAAACGGUGUGGUAGAAGGUAAAUAUCACAGAUAACAGGUCUCCAUUGGUUUAGGAGUAUAGCAUUUGAGGCGUGUGCUCGUCUGUUUGGGUCUUGAGUGUGAGAACAGCUUUCUACUCGGCGCCUAAUCUGAUCAGCGUGACGAAGCAGAAGAGGAAACCUUUCUCUAAUUACAUUUACACACAGACUUAUAGAGGGGACUCAAGCCUGAGGGUUACCUUACUAUGUGGCCACACGCUUCCCUAAACCUCUGUCAUUUCUUAAUUUAACAUCAUUAGCAGUCAGUGACUCAUCAAACUUUAUUUUUCAGGCCAUGUAGGAGAAAUUAGCAAAGUUUUAACAAGAAAAUUCAACAUGCAAAGUGAUGAAAGCAGCUACAGGAGAGGAGUGGCCUUUAUAAUUAUUAUAACUUUAUUUAUAUAGCACUUUUAAAAACAAGAGCUUACAAAGUGCUUUAACAUGCAGGAAAAAAGAAGAUAAAAACAACAUAACAAUAACAAGAGAACACUUGGGGGAAAUGACGCAUUACUGGCAAUAAAGAAAUAAAAUAGGAUAAAAUAAAAAUUGGUGGAAGACAUAAAAGCUUUGAUGAAUGUCACAUGAGCUGAGAGGUCAUUAAAACGAAGACAUAAGAGCUCAUGACACCCAGCCAACACAGGAACCCACUCACAAAAACCUGAGACCAUAGAAAGCGUAAAAUAAGAAGCGUAAAAAGGUUUUAAAGACGACAAAAUCACAUUAAAGCAAGUCUAUAAAAACGAGUUUUAAGACGUGAUUUAGAAGCAGUGACUGUUUCUGCACCUGACCUCCUCAGGGAGGUCGUUCCAAAGUCGAGGGGCCCUGAUGGAAAAGGCCCUGUCGCCUUUAGUUACAAGUCUCGACUUUGGAACGACCAGGAGGCCCCCACCCUUGUCAGUAUAAUAAAUCCACAUCACACCCUGCACAUAAUUAAGCCCUACCCCCUUCUUUUACAUGCCACUGGGAUCUGUCCAGCCCUCUUUUUAGAUCUCAUCUAAUCUCUAGAGCAGAGAACAUCUGCCUCCCAUCAGCUCAAGAAAGCUGUUGCACUUAAGAUCAGCGACUCUGUGACGGGCAGGUAUUGUCACUCCGUGUAUUUGUUAUGCAACUGUUUGAGUGUGGGGUUGCCCAUCCUCCAUAGUCUAGACAAGGCUGCUUUCUGUGAAAGUGACUAAGGAAAACACCGGUGGCGCUGAGAGACCGCAAGUCGCAGCUCCGCCAAUCCCACUUCUCCCUGGUUGCUAUGACAACAAGAUUGACAUGCAAAAUUGAAACUCCAUGUUUUUGUUACCAUGGGGAUGUGCUUUACAGAAAGUCACGAGGGUAUAAGAUAGUUUGACGCUAAGCCGUGCCACUGAGGACCCGUGAUGAACCUGCUAUGUAUCUGUUUAGAGAAAGCUACCCAGAUAGCAUAUAAUUAAAUCAACACACACACACCACACACACGCACGCACGCACGCACGCACGCACGCACGCACGCACGCACGCACGCACGCACGCACGCACACACACACACACACACACACACACACACACACACACACACACACACACAAAUGUCAGAGUGUAGAGGCCGUAAAGGAACAUGAGCUCUACUUCCCUGCCCCGGAUUCUGCCACAGCAGUCUGAUUUGUGCCGGUAAUUCUCGAUCUGUGCAGAUUAAAUGAGUAGCUACAAAUCAGGCAGUCUGCGGUCAGCUAUGAGGUUUUUCCACAUGAUCUCAAUCUGUCAGUGGAACGGGCCAGUGGGUCACAAUUCAGAGUGUCAUGCUGCUGCACAUCUGUUUCCCAAGCGGGGAAAAAAACACAUGCAGCCGUCACGUUUCAACCCACAUCUGGCUACUACAACCGAGUCCUCUGAGGCUUGUGACGUAUUCGCUCAUUGCCAACCAGGAGACUAAAGGCCCAGAAAGACUGAGGAUGCAAAUGUUAUUGAAGCAGACAGAGUCAGAGAAACUAUUUUAAAUGUUUCAGAUGGAUAUGGAAACAAAAGAACAUUUAAAAGUGCUUAACAACAAUACAAUUCAACUUAAGUUGUGCUUUAAAGCUGCUUUAGUACAAACAUGCAUGUGGUUGUCAUAUUUCAGGGUGAAACAAAAAAGGGAAGUAGGACUGGGAGAUAUAUCGAUUUAAAAAAAUAUAUGGAUAUAUUUUAAAAUGAGAUAUUUAAUCGGACCAUAUCACAUAUAUGGGGGGGAAAUGUUUACAGAGUUCAUAGUCUUGUGCAACUGGUUGAAACUGUUAAGAAGAUAAAAAAAAAGACAGAUGGGUAAUAUCAAAAUGAUGUUUAAAAACAGUUUUCUUAAACUGAGCACUUUAUUUUGUUCUGUCUGUAUACAUAUAAGUAUAUGCCCUUACUAGGGUUUGUCAUAUUGAACUCUUUUGUAGGGUUCGUUGUUUGCAUCUGUGGAUUUGUUAGGAGAAGAAAAUCUGAAGAUUUUAAUGGGUCAUUUAUAGUUGUCAAAAUAUUGAAGCUUUUAUCAUAUAAAUAAAUUUAUGUCAGAAAAAGAUUGGCCUAUUUUACUUUAUUUGCAGCUGAGCAUAAUUUCAUCCAGCCAGUUUAAAUAGACCUGCUUGUGACAUGUCAUAUUUGGCUUUGACUGUGACUAAACAUUUGCUCUCACUUUAGUAAAACAAUAUCAGGAUAUAUAUCAUAUAUUAAUAUUCAGCCUAAAUAUAUUGGGAUAUGAAUUUUGGUCGAUAUCACCCAGCCCUAAAGGGAAGGGCCCUAAAUGCAGAACCAAAAACAGAUUUAUUUAGAAAAAGAGCUAAAACAACAAAAACUUACCUAUAAUGUCCAUCUCAAAAAUCCCAAGAAACACAGGAAGCAGAAUCCAAAUGAACCAAGAAUCCAAAAUCCAACAAAGGCACUGGGGGAAAAACCACACAGAGACACUGGAGAGACUGACAUGCAGACUUACAACACAAACACACAAUGAACCAACAAGAAACAGGGGAAGACAAGGACUAUAUACACACACAGGGAAACGAGCAACGAGACACAGGUGCAGACAAUUACAGAGGAGGGAAAACUGAGGAAGUAAAACAAGACUAGAAACACAGGGAUGGACUACUACAAAAUAAAACAGGAAACUGAUCACUCACAAGACUGGACUAAAGGGGAACAGGAAUAAUAGGAAUCAGAAACACUAGAGAAAUCACAAGAAAAUACACUUAAGGGAAACACAAAACCAGGGAAAAACUACAGACCAGAACAUAUCAUGACAGUCGGGUAAUUAAAUAUAUUAGUGUUAACUUACUCUUUUUUCCCGCUGUGUCACAGUUAUCAGUAGAAAGAAGUUAUUCCUGUUAAAUUGACUCUUUUUCAAAGUUUCGCUGCUUAUUGCAAAGUCUGAUAAAGAUGUGUUACAGUAUUAAAUGUAAAAUGUUUAUGUUAUGUUCUGAUUUUUGUUGUUAUUUCAUCUCUGUAGAAAGCUCUUUGAAAUCUUGACGUGUCCAUAGCUUCUGGUUUUUCUCAUCAGUAUAAGAGAUUUGAACAUCCAUAUUUCAGAUUUGUUUCUUGAGUCUUUCAGAUGUUAUUGUUUUAAUAUAAAGAAAUCUUGUCUUAACAGAUGUCAGAGAAGUUCAUACGGUCCCUGUAAAAAAGUGGGAAAUAUCUCUAGUUUUCCUGUCAUUUAGUGAAAGCGUUUGACCUUUUAGGUGUCUACACAGACUUGUUAUCCUCUCAGAGAAAAUUAAAAUCCUUGUGUUGAUAAGAUCAGACUAUUUUACCUUUUUAAAAGUGUAUUUAAAGUAAUGUGCUACAUGUAGGAGCAGUCUUUUCUAAAACAACGUUACACAAGCUGGUUGAUUCAGUCAGUAUAAAUUGUAAAAAUUUGCAGGAAUACAAACUUUCUAAAACAUGAAUGAUGAGAAAACUUCUGUCCUGUUAAAGUCUGUUCACAUUGAUUUGAUUUGACUCUUGAAUGUUGAAGUUCAAGCUUUCUCACCUCUCUUUGGGAGCUUUUAACAAACAGAAGCAGUGUGCAGUGCCCCCUAGAGGCUGGAUGGCAAACUAACAAAAAGUUUGCUCAAUUAUAUCAACAUCAAAUGAUUGACAGACAGUCCAGAAAACAAUGGGGGUUGUUUGAUGUAAACCUGUGAUUAUCAGUGGAGUUAAGGGCUGCUUACACGGUAGAAAAAGAGAGAGUGUUUAGAUCGUUUCCCCACUCCUGAACGUGUUUCUUUGUAUAUUUACUUCUUCUCUCUUCAGUGAGCUGCGAUGAGUGGGUCGUUUUUAAGGAUUUUGCUGUUGCCAUGGCAGUGAUGAUAGUGCAAACAGGCGCUCCAUGAGUGCAGUUUUAUGCUAAUGAAGCUCAGUCAGGCUCUUUGUGGGCCUGAGCUCACCUGUUCGUAAAAGCGCAGCUGAUGCAGUCAGGCUCCAGUUUGGGCUGGAUCGCACAAAUACAAAAGGAGAGUGUUGAAGGCUUUUUAAAAAGGGUCGUGACACUUUGGUGAGAUUUGGCUUUCAGAAAAGAACAGUCAUCAACGGGGGCAGAUGAUGAAAAACUGGGUUCAUAAUGAUUGUGAGUUUAGCAGCUUUAGAGUUGUAUCUAUGUGUGCAGAUAUGUCUUUAAAUUUUCUUUCUCAUCUGAUGCAGAAAGUUAGCAAGAGCAGCACAUUUAAAGUAACACUUAAAUGACCUGUUUGUAUCUCAAAAAUGUGAUUUUUUCCCGCCCUGUUUUUGUUUCAGGCUGCAGAGGUAGAGAGGCAGCUGUCCACUCAGGUCCAUUCAUUACGGGACGACUUCAGGGAGAAAAGUAUGUCGACAAGCCAGCACAUGACACGACUUGAGACACUACAGGCUGAGGUGAGCAGUUAGGAUUAAUUCCCUAUAAAACCUCACUUAAGAGAGAAAAAAUCUGACUGUACUUUAGAGCGAGCACAAGAACGAUUAAGAGAAGAGAAAAACACAGAAAAUCACGACUCAAAGGGUCACUUUUGAUUUGAAAACAUUCAAGUUUGCUCCUUUCACUGACUACUUCUUCUUGGAUGUGUGUGAUAUUGACUUCAACAAGGCGGUAAGCUCAUUUAUGGUCCUUUCUGCUUGUGCUACAGUUCAAGUUUCAGUUCACAAACCCAAUUUCAAAAAAGGAUGUUUACAAAAACAGAAGUUGAUGGUUUACGAAUAAUUUAAAUCCUAUCUUUAAAGUAACGCAAAGACGACAUACCAACCACUGAGACUGAAAAAAGCUUCAUGUUAAUUUAGAAUUUGAGCAGCAACACAUGAAACAAAAUUAGGAAAUGUUGGCCAGUGAAGUGAAGCUCUGCGCUCCGUCUCUGCAGAGACAUGCUGUUGUUGUUCCCACUAAAAUAUGCAGCUCUUCCCUGAAAGAUGAAUUAGUGCCUUCCUGCUUGUGUCCCAUUCAUGGGCACAUAUCCACCCCCAGUCUGAGGACGUUUCUCCAUGUAGUUUUAACAACAUUUUCAUAUUCUGUUGAUAUUUUCAUCACUUGAUAUGAUGUUUUUACCUUUAAUUUGAUUAAAUAUAGUAUUAGAAUGAUUUCUAAACCAUCAAACUCUGUUUUUAUCUACGUUGGACACUGUUUUCUGACGGUUUUGGAAUUGGGGUUGACGAAACAAAACGUAAACACACCUCGUCUCACCAGGGAUAAACUGUCUCCAGCUUUUCUUUUCAUUUUCCUCUCAGACAUUUGGGGGAAAUGAAGGAAAAUUAACACUUUGAAAAACUGUUGGUGCUCACUUUUCACGUUUCACUUAGAGUAUUUUUAAUGAGGCACGGUGGACUUCCUUUCAAACUUGAUCUUUCCUAUCUCUCCCUGUUUUCUCUCUCUCCCUCUCUCCUCGCCUCUUCCUCAUUCUUCUUACACUCCUUCCCUCUUGGUUGGAGCAGCAAGGGCUAGAAGUGAGUGGCUACUGAGCGCUGUCUGUGGGCCAGACUGCAUGCUGCAUGUAUCGCUGUACAUUUACAGAAACAAGGAUUGCAUAUUUGUUAUACAUGUCCAUUAAAUGGGUGUAUCAGAGGUGGAAAUUUAACAGGGUAGACGGCUCUUUAAGAGUUUAAGAUGACUGUAUUUGUGAUCAUCCAUAUGGCAAUCCCUGUUUCCUGAGAUUUGGCAUAAUCAAAAAAAAACAUGCUUUGUUUUAAGAGCAUGUGAAUGUGUUGUGAUGUCAGUUGUGUCAUGUAUGAUAACAGCUGGAUAUGUCGUGUAAAGAGAGGCUGUAAAAGCAUAUUAGUGAAUGAGGUUUAUUCUGCAGCUUCUCUUCAAAGCCAGGCAGAAAACACCCCGACUGCAGAGCCUGCGCUAUAAUUGGGAGAAAAGGCUACCACUCUAUAUUUAGCUGAGGAUACUGCAAUGUCUUGAUGCUUCCACUUUCCCAGUCUAUUGCCUGUAUGUGACAUGUACUGAUGACUAAUGGCUUUUUGCCAUUAGAGCCCAGAAAUAUCCAGAAACAGGCGGCGUGAAUUCUUAUACGUUAGUGGAAAACAACUGCUCAGCAUGUAAGCUCCCGCACCGUGAAGUGGGUUACAGGAUGUAGGUCAAAAGCAGGAGGGAUAAAAAUGUGCGAGAACUUAUGUUUGUUUAAUAGGGGAAGCUGCCGUCAGCUACCGGGGAAACGGACUGUGUGGUUCGUCUGCGAGGCUACGCUUAGAUACAAGGUUGAAACUCUCGCAUUGCAGGGCCUGAGUGAAUGUCAAGGUUUUGUGGAGACGCUCGCAUAUCACCAAGACAUUCCUCGAGACAAGGGUGGCAACUUACGCCUACACCGUGGCUAGGCAACGUACAUUCUUAAGGCCAGUGGGAGUACUUUUUAAUCUUGUGCAAGAGCUCAGCUUACCUCAAAGAAAAGGGAAACAACAAAAUGAAGCCUUUAAUCAAGCACAUAGAUGCCCCAUCCAGUCGCUACUGAGCGAGAGGAUUGAGCAACCCUCAGUUUCUGAACGCAUUGUUUCUACGACACUGAAAUUAACUGGAGCUGUUUGGUAUGUUAGAUUAAGAUGCUGUCAGAGAGGAAGAAGGAGCUAGAACAUCGGGUUCAUGUCAUGCUGGAGGAGAAUGAACUGCUCCAGAACACGGUGGACAACCUCAGAGAGAGGACGCUUGUGUUGGAGAGGCAGUGUCACGAGAAGGACCUUCAGGUAGGAACAUGUUCGUCUAAACUUUUGACUAAUUUUAGCCAAAGACUCUAACUUUUUAGAUUCUUAAUGUGUACUCUACAGUUUUAAAAUUACUUUUCUUGUUUCAUUUCAGUUACGGCAAAACCAGCUGGAGCUCCAGGAGGUUCAGGUGUCCCACAGACAGCUAACAGCUCGGCUGGAGGAGUUGACGGAGGAACACAGCCUUCACAGCCUCACCCCACACCCAUCCAGCCUGCUGUGUGAGAUCGAACAGAGCAUGGAGCAGGAGGAGCAGGAGCAGGAGAGGGAGCAGGUACUCAGGCGGGUUGAGUGAAAUGUGUUAAGUGCAGAUCCUCGACAUUAUCGUCAAAUACUAAUCCAGUUUUUUUGCAAACACUCCUGUCUGUUUAGAUGCGUCUCCAGCUUUGGGAGGCUUACUGUGAAGUUCGCUCGCUGUGCUCCCAUCUCCGGGGGAACGACGUCACAGAUUCUGCACUGUCAACCGACUCUUCCAUGGACGAGUCCUCUGAGACGUCCUCAGUCAAGGAUGUGCCUACCGGGAGCCUCCACACCAGCCUGCUAGAGCUGCGGAGGUUAACGCAGAAUCUGCUGGACGGCAAUGAGUCAACGGUAGGAAACUACAAGCGAUGACAUGACAUCUGUGUUAGAAAAAUACUGGAUUUUAGCACGUUAUUAUUACAUAUAUAAUUGUGUAGUUGCUAAUAUAAUAAGUAUUUAAAGCUGCUGUGAGGAACUUUCUGUCUGUGCUGACUUUGGCGCCCCCUGUGGACAAACUGGUGACCUUUAAAACAUCAUUGAUUUCAUCUCACCCUCAUGAAAGUGAUCUAAAUUGACAAAAAUCUCUCCAUGACUAUUUGCGGUAGGGAAAAGUAACCAAGGCUGUUCCUUCAGCAGACCUACCCCCUCAAAACAUUGUCAAUAAACACCACUGCAUCAGCUCACGAUGAAAAAUGCUGAGAUACUGUUUUUUUUUUUUUGCGUUGAAAGGGCUCGAGGCGAAGUGACGAGGAGGCUCUGGAGGAGCAGGUGAGGAAGCUGGGAGAAGAGCUGAGGGAAGUCAGAGAGCUGUACGAAACUGAGCGGGACAGAACGCGCAACAACGAGGAGAAAGCCCUCCAGCUACACAAUCAGGUCCUCGCUUCACCAACACAUUAGCAUGCUAUGAGACAGAAAAACAAAAACAAAAGAUAAGGCAAAUCAGGAAGAAAACACAGUGUGGCUCUUAUACCGGCCCUGUGGAAAGGUGUCAGAUCCAGGCUGCAUUAAGUCCUGUCUAUAUCACAAUAACAAGUCCUCCGUAUGUGCUCCUCUCUCGGUUUUCAGCCGGUGUGAUCUUGUUGUUUGUUCUUUUGGACAGAUGGCACUGCUUACUGUAGAAACAUGCUCUCUCCGGGAGGAGAACGAGCGGUUAAAGACGAUGGCAGAAAUUCGAGAACCAAGCGAGCAGCUCCAGAGCGCCAUCAGAGACAGAGAUGACGCCAUAGCCAAGUAAGUCCUUCAAAAUAUGAGUAAAUAAAAUACAUUUUCUUUUCCAUAUGUCAAAGAUCUUUUUUUCAGUGUCUAUCAAUACCUGCAGAUGUGGUAACACCAUUCAAAGUCUGAUGAUGCAAAAGAGGCAAGAAGUCGACUUCGUCUCCCUCUAAAGUUACCGUUUCUUCUGUAUGUGUGUCUUGCAGGAAGAAAGCGGUGGAAAUGGAACUGGCCAAGUGUAAAAUAGACAUCAUGUCGCUGAAUAGCCAGCUUCUGGACGCCAUCCAGCAGAAGCUUAACUUGUCGCAGCAGCUGGAAGCUUGGCAGGUUAGUGGAGGUUCACGUGGGAUUUUUCAGUGAAAGUUAAACAUCUCAGUCCUGUUGUCUGUAUGUAGAAAAGACGUCGCUUUAUAUCUGCGUAGUGAAGCCCAUGGUAUGAGGACAUAUUGGACUGGAUCACUGGAGCGACCUCAGAUCAGAUCCCUCUGACAGAUUCAUGGCUGUGAAAAGUUCAGGGACUUGUCUUAGUUCUUGUUUUGCUUAUAUCAACUUUGGCGCCCCCUGUGGUCAAAGCUGUCAUAAAAUAAGUAAAUGAGAGUGAAAUGACAUGAACCCCUCCUCCCCUGAACUGUGUGUUUAGCGUGAGUCGACUUUAACCUGUCCAUAAACUAAAACCGCUCUAUUAACCUCCCGGAGUGUGUUGUCAGUUGUCUGUCUGUUAUGUUGUGUGUGUCUGUUGAUGUGAGUGUGUACUCCUCCCCCCUCUUCCUUCCCUUGUCUGUAACUAGCAGCUCUUUCCUCUCUCUUCUCCCUGCCCACAGUUUGCCUCCUCAGGGCUCUUUACUGUUUGGCUCUUGUGGUUUCUGAUCUAGUGGCCUUUCUCAGCUUCCGUACCACCCUUUCUCCCCUGUGGUACCCCCCCUCCAGCCUUAGAGGUGAGCCCGAUCUCGCGCCAUCUCGCCAUUUCACCCCAGCACUAACUAGACAACUCCAUGCUGAGUCAUUCCACGCCACAGUUAUCCCACUCAGGAGAAAAAAAGCUCAUCGCAGUCUUCCUGCAGAACCAUAAAGCCACCCUCUCCUCCUCCACCUGAUCAUCCUCCUAUCUUCAUCCACCCAUACCUCCACUUUCCUACUUUUGAUUAUAGAUGUCUUUAACAAACUAAAAAUCAUUACUCAGAUACUUAGGAAUAGUUUUUUUCUUCUCUGUGUUGCUCACUUCACUCAGCAGCUUGAGCACCAGCACCCCCUGGUGGCUGGAUGGCUGUUACUCCAACAACAACAACAAACCUGACAGCUAAGAGUUGUGACUCUAACUUUAUAUCGAUGUGCUUCAAACCUGGUUGAGUGUGAUUUCUAGUCUGUUAUACACAGUUUUUUCACCACUAUAGAUAUUUAAACUUGUCUGUCUGACAGAUUUUGAUCAGUGAGUGGAUAUUUGCAUUAACAAUGACAGAAUUUCACUGAGAAUUGAUCGAUCAGUGAGUUAAAUAUCUGUGAUUUUUUGCAGAUUUGUGGAAAAUAGGACUCACUCUUUUGCAUGCAUGUGCUAAAACUUUGCAAUUUGCCUGAAUUGAUGAAAAAAUUGGAUUUUUUUGCUUUUGUCAAUUUGGAAUAAGUCUUUAGACCAUACCUGCCAACACUCCCAUUUUUCCCGGGACUCUCCCAUAUCUCAGACCAUCCUCCCGCCCACCUCCAGUAUUGUCAUUUCUACCAGGAACCUCCCGUAAAGUUCAUUCAUGAGUCAGAUCACUAUAUUCGUCCAAAGUUGCCAGGUUUCCAGACAAACGAAGAUUGUCCUGUGUUUCUGCUGAGCCUCACAGACACUGCUUUGAUACCUUCACUUUACAAUUUGGGAUGAUUCAGGUCGGUUUAAGCCGUAAACUAUAUUUAAGCAGUGUUUUUUAAAAGGGAAACAAGCGUGAGAUAUAAUAAUUAUGUUGAUAGUCUUGCACCAUCUCGGAGUGAUGCGUUCAGGGCCGCCUCAGAUAAAAGAGUGCUGUACUGCACACAGAUGUUCAGGUCGAGCAUGUAAAACAUAUGAGCUCUUUAACACCAAAUAUUAGUGGACUAAAUAAGUUUAGUGCAUAUUGUAGCUGUUAUUUUUGUAUUAACAUUUGUUAUUGUUAAACAAAACAAAACAAAAAGUGUGCAGCUUCACUUAGACUUAUUUGUAUGAGUAAUUUAAUUACAAAUACUCUCAUAAUUAGCUCACAUCCACCAUACGAGGUCACCCCAAAACUGCUCGGCGAGCUCCGGAAAAAUAAACCUGGAUUUUACGACCCAAAUGUUGGCAGGUAUAGUUUAGACCCACAUUAGAGCAGCUCCUCUUCCAUGGAGGCCACAGUUUCUGUCAUAUUUCUGCACAAAUCAGACCAACUAACAACAACUAUCCUCUUCUUUUUAUGUCUUCUGGUCAAAAAACAAAAAUCAAGAUAUUGGAUGUUGUUGUGCAUUAAAAAAUGUGUAUGAUAGUUGGUUUUGGUGGUAAAAACUUGACAAAUGUAGGAUCACUGAAGCCUCUUUGUCCUUGAAGGCGUUUCAACUGAUAGUCUAUAUAUUCUCAUUUUUAUCUGUUGAACAACUUGACUCUGCAUAUCCCUGUUAUCCUCCUCUCAUGUGUGUCCUUGUCUUUCACUUUAGGAUGAUAUGCACAGAGUAAUUGACCAGCAGCUGAUGGACAAGUACCAGGAUGAGUGGCGCGCCACCCCCUCCUCUCUGUCAGGGUCAUCCAGGGCCAACAGCAGUCAGUCCUCCUGGCGAGCUCACCGCCUCUCAGACCGGGACAAGAGACUUUUCUCUUUUUUCAAAAAGAGCUGAGCCGCACUGAAUCGACCUGAGCACAGCAGACAAACACAGACAGGCGAGGUGACGGGGGGGGAUGAGGAGGAGGAGGAGGAAGAAUUGGAAAUACAGUGCAGGGGUUACAACUCAGCCAAAGUCAGGCAGUAACACAUCAAGGUUCGGGGGGGUCAUAUUGCACUUAAUCUGUCCCAUUACUCCUCUUCUGCUGAUGAACCGACAACAAAUGACAAAGAGAGACAGACAGAUAAGAAUAGGACUUCCCCAGAAGCUUUGGCUUUAGUUCCUAUUGUUAUAGAAAGUUCUCGGACAGAUUAUGAACAGGGUCACAAAAUUUACCUCUAAGAGGAAGGUUUCCUUGUAGUGCCUACAUCUAUCUCUACUAGCCCACUGCCAACAAUGUAGAGAGGGAGCAGAGUGAGCUGACUAUCACUGCAUGUAUCCCGGUUAUCAGGCCAAAGAGUCUGGGGAGGACUGGUGGGGGAUUGUGGGAACGUUAGGAUAUGAUGACACACCGCAGUAAGACUCUGAGUGCGGCGUAAUGAUGCUGCAGCCAGCCCACGUGAGAUCUCUCAGGUUUGUUCAUUUGUUCAGGGGGACGUUCACAACAUGAGGCAACAGAGUGUUUCUUUUGUCACUUACACUAACGGAUGUUUUUACAGUGAGAAGUUACUCGGGUUCACUGCCACAGGCCAAACGUCCAAUCAAAGUGAGAGAAGGGCCUUUUUCAUAUCAUCUUUGUUGCACUUUAAGAAAUUUGGACGAGGAAAAAGUUUGAUUUCACUUUGCCAAUCGGUAUUUUCUCAAACUUUUGGUUUGUGUAAAGUAAAAUGGGUCGUAUAAUCAAACCUACAGAAAACGAACCCAACUCAGCAGGUCUGUCAGCUCUAUGCAGUAUUUUAUCUUUUAGUUUUGGUUAGGUGACCAUAUCCUGAAUCCCAAAAAAGAGGACACGACUAUGGAGUCACAUUAAGUUAAUUUUGAGAGUUUUUCGGGAUGGAUCAAGUGUCUUUUACGCACCUCUAACUCAGUAAGUCCACGUGACACAAACUCGAAACCUCCGUACAAAACCGCGGCCAUUUGAAGGAUUUUAGAAACUUCCCCGGACAAAAAGAGGACAUGUCCGGGUAAAAGAGGACAUAUUGUCACGGUAGUUUUGGUGCAGUUUUCUUCCAGCAUGUUCCUAACAGCUCGAAACUAAACUGUAGCGUUUAGCAACAGGAGAACCACACCCGCCCCCUCUGGAGGUAAAAGAGAUGAAAACAGAGUCAGAAUAAGAGUGAAUAGCUCACAUUUGUUUAUCUUUCAAAAGAAUCUCUUACGGGUGAUAAAUCCUGAAAUUACGUCAACAUUUUUUGUAGUUUGUGCUCCUAGAAUAUUUACCAAAGUGUCUUAAAACAACAAAUGUUCAAAUUUAGCAAACCAGGAGCAGUUUUCUACGAGGAUAUCAUUAAAUUUAGCUUUUGCAGUAAGGUUAGCAGAACUUUCUUCCCCCAAAAAUCAGAAAUCCUGGUUAAAUUUUAAUAAUGGUACCAAAGUCAAAGAAAGAGAGAAUCAAGCGUGAGCUGGGCGAGAGAGGAGCUCAGGAGAAGCGAAUGUAUAAAAACCAGCACUUUUGAGUUCGGCCUGUUUGCAGUGAACUGUACGAGCCUUCGUGUUCACCCCUGACCUUUGGAUAAACCUUUGAGUUUAGUGAAGUUACUCCAGUUUCUUUACAUUAUAUCGAACUUAUCAAAAAGGCACUGUCCUCUGACGUUGACCCAUUGAUGAUAAUUAUUUUUCUAGUCGACCAAAUUUCUACGAUGUUUACAUUAGCUUUAGGUGGAGGAAGAACGACAUCAUCAGAUCUCCUGGUCAAUCAGUCGAGCUCAACUUUGACGUGUUUAAUUUUCCUGUGUUCGUACACAGACGACGGACUUCGAAAAGUUCUACCUCCAUUCUCAUUGCUUCAAUACUUCAUGGGCACUUUGACUCCUGAGCUGCCGGGCUUCCUUUGUAGGCGGCGUUAUCUGUGACUCCACUCGUGUGUGUUGACCUGAUUCUUCGAGCAUGAAGGACUUAAAGCGUGGCACAGUGUUGUCUCAUGUCUUGUGUGUGUUCUCAUGUCUAAUGCAGCUGUGUGAACCUAUGCAGAUGUCUUCUUGUCAUCUCAGCUGGUUGUGGGGAAGGAUCAACCCAAAGAAUGAUUUUUAUAAAAAAGUAAAACAAGGUUUGGAAGAAAUCGAUAUAUUUAUAUGAAGCAAAAAGCAUACCUUUUGAAUGAAAACCUUUUUUUUAGACAGAAAUAUAUCCGUAUAUUGUUGUUUCUAGGCUGUUUUCAUGCUUGUCUGAUAACGAGAGGGUGUGUUGAACGUAACCAUUGACACCUUACUUUGACUGUUUGAGUGUGACAUGAAGCGAAGUUGGCAUGACAUUCAAGAGGACAAAGAUUUCACCAAAUAUUUCACCGAUUAGAUAAGAGAAAAUCAAUUAUUAACUGAUAACACGACAGUUUCCUGUUUCCUGCUUAGUCUCCUACCGUAAAAAAGUUCAAAGCAGCAUGUUCUGACUCGUCUCAGUUGAUAAAAGUAAUAACUCAUUAAAGCUCCUGUGAGGAAGUUUCAGUUUGGCGCCCCCCUGUGGUCAAAGUCUUUGUUACUCAUAUCUGCAAGUUUGAGUUGUGACCAAAAAAAGUCUUAUUCUGCUGAUUUUUGACUGAGAAAUGUGCCAUUUAAAGUGAAUAAUUUAUGUGGACUCACGUGGGUGAAAAACAGCACCCUCUGGUGGUGGGCUGCAGUAUAGGUCAUAAAUCCCGCCUGAAAAAAUCCUCACAGGAGCUUUAAGGGCAACAAACAGAAACAAUCGAAGGAAACAAACACAAGCCUCUUAGAUAAUCACAAUUAACAAUGUAUGUAACAAUAAACAUAUUUAGAGUCUUUAGCUAAUUUUGCACAUUUUUUUAAUUGGCUCUCGUGCACAAAAAUCUCAAGAGGAUGCAUCAAUGAAAAUAAAUGAAAGCCAAGUUAUUCAUGAACAGAAAUAUAAUAUAACUGUCAGCAUCCUCAAAGUGAGAAAUGCAUUAUGACCGUUUUUAUUCAGCUACAAUCAUAAGGUUCGAGAUAAUCCAAACCCCUUAGAGGAAAGCUUCCAGUUUUUUCAGCACUGAUACUAAAUUAACAUGCAAACGCAGAAAACUGCAAAAGACUCAAGGUGAAAGUUCACGCUCCACAGAGCAUACAGCCGUUAAAAAGUCUAAACUGCUCCUGAUGGAGGUAAAAUCCUUCCAGCCCACACACAUCGGGUAAAAAAGAGUUGAGCGUGAAAAUGGCUGAGCUUUAAAAUCAUCUUAUCUUCGGUUUUCCAUCAUGAUACAUUCUUGUUAGACGUUGACAAAGUGUGUAUCAUAUCUGUGAGCUCCUGUCCACUCAGUGUCCUCAUUUCUGUUUCUUGUUUAAAAGUGUCGCUUCUAUCUGACUUUGAGCAUUUUAAACGUUGUCUGCUCUGUUUGGAUGGUAAACAUCCUGAAGCUUUCACUGUUGUCUUCAGUGUUUCGCAGUGACAGACAGACAGACACACAAACAUGUCAUUGAGGAGGUUUUUUUUUCUUUCUGUCGCUUGUCUUCAUUUGGAAUUGAACGCUCUCUGUUGGCUCAUUGUGCUCCACGAGAGUACUUCCAUUCAUCACUGACUAACAGCAAUGUUUCAGCAGCAGAAUGCUUCAGACUACUCUAGAUAUUUAUCAUGCAAUUUUCUUAGUUUUUUGAGAUUUUUUUCUUUUCUUUUUUUUUUUUACAAAUAAAAACUUUAAAAUCAA